AUGUCAAGUAACAAAGAUAGCCCGCUUCAUUCAGACCAAGAGUUGGCCAACAUCCGUCAAGGGGAUGACUCCAAUCCACACUUGAACACUGCUACAUUUGGCAGCAAUGUUACUGAUUUCUCAGAACCCAACCAUAUGGACAGUCAUAACCAAGGAGAUCAUGAUGCCAGUGGACGGUUCAACCCAAGUGGCGGCUUUCCUCCCACUCAUGGACAGCAUUUUGCUCGUCAACUGGCUCCCGUUUUAGGCGGCAAACAUGUGGAUCAAAAUGAAGCAGACAAAGACCCCAUUGUUGAUCCUUCUGUGUCAACAACAGCACCCGCAUUGGGAGAAAAAAGGCAGGAUGAACCAGAUCAGGAUAGAAUUGGCUUGGACCCUAGUCAAGGCAAGUUGAAGCUAGAAUAG